AUGACAAUCACCAAAUGCUUCUCUAGGUCUGCUCGCACCGACCCAUUUAUAAUUACGGGCACAUCCGGGUCUAAUAAUCCGAACUUGGAAUCAACUCUCGUAGUGGUGUCUUUCUACAAGUUCGCUGAUUUCCUUGACCAUGCUGAGAUGAGAAAGCCUUUAAAAGAGCUUUGUGAGGAAUUGCGUGUUUCAGGUGGGAUCAUUCUUGCACCAGAGGGAAUCAAUGGCAGUAUCUGUGGGACUCGGGAAUCAGUGGAGAAAGUUCUUGGAUUUAUCCAAACUGAUGACAGGCUAAAGGGGUUAAGACAAGUGGAGUCACCUGUAAGUCCUGAGGAGGAAGCUAUCCAUCACGGACACACUAGCAGUUCUCCUCUUGCUGCAGGUGAAGAUGCACCCUUCCGUUGGGAUCAUGUUAGGGUCAAGUUGAAGAAAGAGAUUGUUACUCUUGGAAUGCCUUCUGUCUCACCUACUGAAAUGGUAGGGAAGUAUGUGAAGCCAAGGGAAUGGAAUGCAUUGAUUAGUGAUCCGGAUACAGUAGUAAUUGAUGUGCGAAAUAACUACGAAACUAGAAUUGGGAAGUUCAAAGGAGCGGUAGAUCCAUGUACCACAGCAUUUCGUGAAUUUCCAUCUUGGGUGGAAGAUGAGUUCCAACAUGCAGAAACUGAUGGGGUGAACUGUUCAGGUGGAAGCCCUGGUAAAGAAACAAAGAGCCGAAAAGCGAAAAUGCCACAGAAAGUUGCAAUGUACUGCACAGGAGGAAUUCGUUGUGAGAAAGCUUCAAGUUUUCUCCUAAAUAAAGGUUUCAAAGAGGUUUAUCAUUUGGAGGGUGGGAUUCUGAAAUACCUUGAGGAAGUUCCAAAGUCAGAGAGCCUGUGGGAGGGCGAGUGCUUUGUUUUUGACAAACGAGUCUCAGUUGAGCAUGGUUUGGAACAAGGAACUUUCAAGCUUUGCUAUGGAUGUAAGCAACCAGUCAGUGGUGCUGACAUGGAAGCCUCGGAGUGGGAAUAUGGAGUUUCUUGUCCGUAUUGUUAUUCAUCAAAAUCUGAAGAAGAGAAAGAGAGGGCAAGAGCUCGGCAAAGGCAGUUUGAAACUUGGGGCAUUAUCGGAGGUCCUGAUAAGGGUCGGCGAUCCGCAUCUAAACCAGAUAAAUUGAUGGCAGGAGAAACUGCAAUGUUCAAGUUCUUAAGUCCCAGACGCCGUCCCCAAUCCACCGAUAUCCAAGCCGCCGCCUUUUGGGGCGUAGCAGCUGGCUCCACCGCUCUAUGGAUCGUCCAGCCAUUUGAUUGGAUUAAAAAGACCUUUUUGGAGAAAGAAGACUCUGAAGGAAAGUGA